ACAAAAAUAUAUUGAUACACAAUACAUUUGUAAAAAUUUGCAUCUGGCGUCGCGGCAGCUGCACGUUGGUGGCUCGGCAGAACACCACAGUUAAAAAGACACCCGACACAUAUAUGCACAUAUGUAUAGCUUACAAUUGUUGUUUUUUUUUUGCCGCAAUGCAACCGUGUCACGCCUAGUCCGCCCCGAUCAGCCAGCACGCCGCAGUCAGCCCAGCCACCGUCCAGGCAACAGGUUGUGAGGCAGCCAGCCCCCCAUAUCGAUCUCCCAGUUCGGAUCGGCCAUAAGCAGAGGCGCCAUAAUAAAAGUAUUCUCCGCCAAACCCCCACCCCCCAGGACUAAGAUGCAUCUAAGACGCAACGGCCAGUCGCCGUCAACCCCGUCGGUGCCCUCUGGCGAGCCAGAGCAUGUGAAAGGGCAUGGCAUUGGAAGUGCAACAGCAGAAUCCGCCUGCAGCCAGGAUGAUGGGACCGAUGCAAAAUCACCGGCCAGGCCGCGUCGCGGUUGCUAUUUCUCGCUGGCCUUCUCCAUUGGGUCGAUGGGACUGGCCUGCGGCAGCCUCUGGCAGAUACCGAACACCACCGACAGAAUCACACUGCAGCGGGGACUCUUUCUGACGUCCCUGGGAUUCAUCUACUUUAUUUCGCUGACGGAUUUCUGCAAUAAAUAUCUGCUGGAGACGCGGCGCGGUCAGGAGUUUCGACGCAAGUAUCGCCUCAUGAUGUCCGAUGUCCUGGAAAUUACCAACAAAACCGUUUCGGCCAUUCAGGCCUCGUUCUCCUUUCUGGUGGGCCUCAUCGUUUGCAAGUCGACAUGCACGAAAUCAUUCGUUUAUGCCUCGCACUUCCUGAUGGAGGCCUACGGAUGGUUCGGGACGGCAUACUUCAUGUACGACAUCUGGGCCAUGUAUAAGGUGCACACCCAGAAGAUAGCCGACAAGCUGCACCUGCUGCGCCUGACCAAGGGACAGGGUUCAUCGGGAUCAUCGGUGUCAACGGUGAACGGUCAUGUGAGGAGCGGUCACUGUGUGGCCACCAAUGGCAGGGGCAGGGAGGCUGGUGGAACUGGUGCCGGUGGCAACAACAAUGGCAGCACUCCCAGCACCCCCCAUGAGAUCUGUGACUAUGACGGGGCCUGUGUGCAGAUACCCAAGGACGGGCGCUGGGACUUCCUUAAGUAUGUUCUAACGCAUCCGGUCAUGAUGAUCCAUCACGUCUUUAUCGGCACCUUUGGUCUGCUGGUGGUCACGUACAUUCGUGGUGGUGGCCACUGCAUCUAUAGCUACAUGUUCAUGAUGGAGUUCUCCACACCGUUUGUAUCGCUGAGGAGCAUCCUGAGCACGAUGCGGCUAAAGGAGUCGCGUGUGUACAUUGCCAACGGACUCCUCAUGCUGGCCACCUUCUUUGUGUGCCGCGUCUGCAUGUGGCCGUAUGUGAUGUGGCGCUACAGUCUUGCCAUUGAGGCGGCCAGCCUAUGGUCGGCCAUGAGCGGCCUGCCACGGGGAUGUCUGGUCAGCAUUGCCAUACUGUUCUUGCCGCAGCUCUAUUGGUUCUAUCUGAUGGUAUUGGGGGCUAUCAAGACUUUUAUGCCCAAGCGGAAGGCGCCUGCCCUACUGAAGAAUGGUCCACCGGAAGCGACGGGUCUGGCGGAAACCACCACCACCACCACCACCACUACCACUACCACUACCACUCCCACCGCCAUAAUAAAUGGCAAGAACUAG